UCAAAAAUCUCCUCCCACAGUCUCACUCACCGUCUCUGCUCUCGCGUUAUCUCUUCCGCACCCUCUCUCUCACUCUCUGACAGUCGCUUCAGCUCCUCCUCCGUGCUUGGAAAUGGCGAUUUCUCUCGGCGCUUUCACCGCUCUCGUGGCCCCCGAAACGCCGUCGCUGGCCUACUCUUCGGCUUCUCCCUAUUCUCUGAGGCUCGCCGUGCCUGCUCGGGCCGCAGGGCGCGUGGCAAUCGUCCGGGCCGUGACCUCGGCCGAGGCCUCGAAGCCGGCCACGGGGAAGCGCCCGCCCCGCGGCAUCAUGAAGCCCCGCCGUGUCACCCCCGAAAUGCAAGCCCUAGUCGGAGUCCCCGAGAUUCCCCGCACUCAGGCCCUGAAACAUAUCUGGGCCCACAUUAAGGAGAACAACCUCCAGGACCCGGAGAACAAGAAGAUCAUAAUCUGUGAUGAGAAGCUGAAGAAGAUAUUCGAUGGGAGGGACAGGGUCGGGUUUCUCGAGAUUGCAGGGUUAAUCAGCCGCCACUUCCUCUGACGACAACGAGAUGCGAUGCGAACAGGGAUAUGUGGAUUAUUUUACAGCAUGAAGCUAUCUUUUGUACCGAGCAACGUGUGUUUUGGUUGUCGAUGGAGAAAUUCUUCCUCACUUACUAGUAGUAAUUUAGUCUUCUUUCGGAAUACUACCUCAUGCUGUAUGAUUUUCCAUGUUUUGUUAUAAGAUGUAGGAUUUUUCAAUGCAACAGUGCCUGCAUUUAGAGGUCCUUAAAUGAAUUGUGAAGGAAGUUGUCCUGCUAGAAAAAAAUCGUGACUGAUUUUGCUGAUGAGUUAAAAAGUUUGGGACAUGUACCGGCAGAGAGCGUCUUCAUCUAUGAAAAUGAACAUCGGACCUGAAUGUCAUGGACUCUUUUAUUA